AUGGUCCAGCUCCUACUCGCCGAGGAUCUAUUGCAGUCCUGCUCCCGAGGUUCAGAUCAUUUGGCGGAGGAAGAGGCAGAGGUAGAGGCACCGCUUGAGCGAUCGAGCACAGAUUGGUCAAUCAAGGCUGAGGAAUCACGCAGCAUCACACGUCCUGUAGCUUGUUCGUCCAUACUUCUCGCAUAUAGCCCAAAACGUCACUGUUUAGCACAAGCCAUUCAUUCCUAUCCUCCAUUCACUGUGAACCUAACCCAAAUACAGCUUACAUCUCACCGUCUCUCUCUCUCUCUCUCUCCCUCUCAGUCCCCUCGCCCUCUCUCAGUCCCCUCGCCAUCUCCUUUUAUCAACUCUACCUUCAUCGACAGUGUUCUGACUGACUUGUCAGGUCCGGACUCCGAACGCCGAGCACUGAUAAGAUCCAGAAGAUCUCUUCUGAGCUUAGUUCCUCUGGAAAGAUGGAGAGCAAGAACGUAUUUUACUGGUUUCAAAACCAUAAAGCUAGUGAAGGGCGCAAGCGGCAGAGAAGAAAAUCUUUCGUCUUCUCUAAGAUGUAAGGCCAUAGCUUUCUUUAAUGAAGAAAACUCUGAAAUUGAAAUGUUGUGGAGAGAAAUUGAACUAUCGUUGGCAUCAGAUUUUUUUCUUGAAGAGAAUGAGCCUACAGGUUCCACAUCAGACCCAACUAAUCAAGCUCUCCUAACUACUGAUUCCUUUUGAAGAAAAUUGUGGAACAUUAAUCUUCCUAACGAUCUCUCUAUUUUUUUUAUGGAAGUUAGUCCAAGGAGACUUCCUUGUGGGGAUUUAUUACAUCGCAAGAUUCUAGAGAUCAGUCAGGAGUGUAAAGCUUGUGGAGCCAUUGCAACUCUUUCUCAUCUAUUCUUCCAAUGUCCUAAAUCAGCGGCAGUUUGGUUACACUCUCCUUGGCGGGUACAUUCUCUUUUGUUGCAUAAUACCAAUCUCUCAUCUUUGUGGAUGGAACUUUAUGAUGCGAUCCAGCAACAUGAGUAUCAUAAUUAUCGAGUUUAACUACUUGUGUAUUUGUUGUGGUACAUUUGGAAGAGUCGCAAUGCUUUGUUUUUUGAAAAUGUGGAUUGGCCUUUUCAAGAGGUUAUAUCCAAGACUACCAAUGCUUUUCAAGAAUUUCUUGAUUGUAAUAAGCAAACAGGUUUUCCUCCA